ACCACUUUAAACCGCGGAAUUUCCGGCGCACGCGCACACAACCCGUCGUAAUCAGAAAGGGGAUUUUUUGGCGCUCGUCCUUCCCCGUACACCCCCGCGCACGCCAUUAUCCGGACGUGGGGAAUAACCUAUUUCUGUGGUAAUGACGCAAUAGUUCGAGAUAUGAGCAAUUAUCCGAGCAUUUUGACCCCGCCGUCGAGUAGCGAAGAUUCGCCCCAGACGGUUUUUUACAACUCGCCCACGGCAUGUUUACCGAUGUUGCCCCAGACGUCGCAAGCGUUCGAUUUCGACGGGGUCACGCACCCACCGCCCCCUUUCUUGCGGAUUAUUGAGCAACCUAUCGAUAGGUUUAGGUUUAGGUAUAAGUCUGAAAUGACCGGAACACACGGGAGUUUGUGUGGGCAGAACUCCGACAGGAGUCGGAAACAAACGUACCCCACUAUUGAACUGUGUAAUUUUUAUAAACGAGCAGUGGUUCGGUGCUCCAUUUACCAAUACAACACUAAAGAAGACCAAAAGCCGCAUCCACACAGACUAAUUAAAAAACAAGGGAAAGGAGAAGUUGAUGAUCCACACGAUGCUUACGUCUCACCUGAAGAUGGUUACGUUUAUACGUUCCAUAGUAUGGGUAUUAUACACACAGCUAAAAAAAAUCUAGUGCCAGAAUUAGUCAAGAAAAAGACACAAUUGAAGAAGGAAGAAGUCGCAAGGCUUGAAGGGAAAAUGCGCGAGUUGACUCAAAAGGAAGAAAUUGAGAUUAAGGGAUUGGCUGAGGCUGAAAGCAAAUUCAUUAAUCUGAAUGUUGUUGUCUUGCGAUUUGACGCUUUUUAUGAAAACAAUGGGAUACUACAUCCUAUUUGCCCGCCGGUUUAUUCACACACGAUCAAUAACUUGAAAAGCGCCCUCACGGGCGAAUUAAAAAUCGUGCGAAUGGACCACUGCACCAGCCCUGCGAAAGGGGGCCGAGAGGUGUUUAUUUUAGUCGAGAGAGUCACCAAAAAGAACAUUAAAAUACGCUUGUAUGAGUUGGACGACGAUGACAACAUCUUGUGGGAGGAUUAUGGCCGUUUCAGCGACUUGGACGUCCACCACCAGUACGCCAUUGUCUUCAAAACGCCCCCAUACAGAGACCCCAACAUCAAAUCCCCGGUUAAGGUUUAUAUUGAGCUCGAACGGCCGUCCGAUCGCUCCCGAAGUGAGGCGAAAGAGUUCACUUACACCCCCAGUUCAAGUGUUUAUAAGCCGGGUGCCAAAAGAGCAAGGACGAGUUAUGACACUAGUUACGAUUCGUCUUUACCUAGUGAUGAAUUACCGCUACCGAUCAAUAAUUUAUGUAUCGAUAACACGCCAGGUUUGCUUGAUGAUGUUCAGUUAGAAGUUACCAGUGAUGACCUACAACAAGCGAUGACUAACAUUGAUUCGGAGGAGUUUCGUCGAUUGUUCAAUGAGUUUGGACAAGACUAUUCAUUGGUGGUGGAUGCACCCUCGCAGUAUCCCAAAAAAAAUGCCCCCAAGGGGGGUAACAAGAAUAGAUCGAUGAAAUCGUCAAAAUCAAACUACCAAAGAGCGGACAACAGCGAGGACAUAGUAAUGGCCAAACAGGCAGUCAUGGAGUUACAAAACUUCAUUAAAACAAAACCUAGUGACGAAAAAGCCAUCAGUAUGUUGCGCCAUUACUUAAUGACUGAAGAUAAAACCAAUGCCUUGCAUGUUUCCAUCAAGCAGAAUAAGCAAGCCGACGUGAUAUUUUUACUCAAAAUGGUGUACGUUUGGAAACAGUACCAUUUAACCAACAUUUACAACGACCAGUGCGAGACCGCUCUUCACAUCGCCACUUGUAUGCAUUUGGAGGAAAUUGUUUCGAACUUAAUCGUGUGUAAAGCGGACGCUUCAAUCGGUGAUUCCGACAUGAACACUGCUCUACAUCUCGCUGUCAUAACUAACGCACCCACGCCCAUUUUUGAGAAGUUACUAUCGGGCGAUCACGUCAAAAAAUUCAUAGAUAAUGAAAAUAAUGAGGGCAACACUGCGCUUAAUUUGGCGAUCGAGAAUUCCAACAUGCGGGCCUUAAAAUUACUGUUGAUUCACGGUGCUGAUAUUAAUAAGCAACACAAAAAGAACGGUUAUACACCUCUCAGGUUUGCCAUCGAGAAACAAAAUCUUGAUUUAGUUCGAUAUAUUUUGCAACACGAGAAGCUCAAUCCGAUGAUUGAGGAUUUCAAGGACAUUAACCCGUUACAGGCGGCCAUGAAAAAGGAUAAUUCGGAACUGAUUGAUCUAAUUACCGAAUUUAUGCGCAAAAAUAACUACGUUGAUGUGGAAAUUAAGAACGAAAUCGAGGAAUAUUCCGACGAGGAAAUUGAGGAGAAAUACUCGGUGAAAUUGGAGCAAAUUUCCACCGAAGACUUGCACCAAAUGUACGCUAAAGUAACAAAUUUCACCCCCGAGUGUUUGGAGGAGAUCUCGCGCAUUUUAGAUGAGUCCCAAACGUGGCAGAAUUUGGCCGAUUUGCUCGAUUUGGGGCAUUUGACACGUUCAGGACUCUGUGAUUCGAAAAACAGCCCCACGAAGUUGUUACUAAAGGUGGCGAUUGAGACCAAUGGCGACAGUGUCUUGCAAAUUAGGGACUUCCUGGAGAAUUUGGACGAGACGCGGGCGGUUGAAAUUAUUGACAAUAUGGUCAGGACGCAGUUUUGUUAGUUUCUACUAUUAGUUUAGUUUGAUCAUGUCUUUGUAUUAAUUUCGUUCAUUUUUAUGUUAGAGAAAUUUGUAAUAAAGGUAUUGUUCCACAA